AUGAGGUUACGCGGCCUGCAUUCCACCCUGCUGCUUCUCCUUGCCUGCGCGCUAGCAGCGCAUUAUCCGCAACUCACGGAUUCGCGAGUGCUGUCAAGAGCCGAGAUAGACAGAAUCCAAGCCGUGAAGGCGGUCGUUGACAGCCAUGCGCGCGUGCUCGCGGGGGAGCGGUGGGCGCGCACCUACGGCAGCUUCCGCGUGGCGCGGGAGGUGAAUGUCGGCCAGACGCCUUCCGCCGCGCCUGAGGGUCCGGUGGUGGCGGCGGCGUCCGCGGCGCGCCAAUCCAUCGGGCUGCUGGGAAUCAAAUCUUUCUUCGAAGACGCCGCUGAUCCCGCGAGCGGCAAUGGCGCCGCUGAUCCCGCCAACGCGAGAUCCAAUAACGGCGGCGCUGUAGGUGCUUCCGCAGCCGGGCCGUUCGUCGCGGCGGGGAACGACGCGAGCGUCGCGAAUGCGCUCGCGAACGGCGCGACGGACAGCAGCAGCGGAGCCUCCGUCUCGUCCUCCUCGUCCGCAGCUACAGCCGGGCCGUUCGUAGCGGUGGGGAACGAUGCGAGCGUCGCGAAAGCUCUGGAGAACGGCGGAACGGACAGCAGCAGCGGAGCGACCGCCUCCUCCUCCUCCUCAGUUGCAGCGGGGCCGUUUGUGGCGACCGGAAACGUCGCGAGCGUCGCGAGCGUGCUGGAGAGCGGCGCAACGGACGGCAGCAACGGGCUGUCCGCCUCUUCGUUGCCCUCCUCUUCUUCUUCCUCCUCGUCCUCCCCAGAUUCAGCCCCUGUGUUCAAGGCCAAGGGGUGGAUGCUGCCUCACACCCAGCAACCUUUGGAUGUUUCCCCCAAGUCCAUCGCGUUCCACGGAGGAGCAGUGCUAUCAGACCCAAUCACCGUCUACCUCAUUUGGCACGGCACGUGGACUGAAGAGCGCAAGGCGCCCGUGCGCGCCUUCAUCCAGUCGCUCGUGGACACUGGCGCGGGCGGACUGGGGGGGAGCGCGGCGGGGAACGAGGCGGGGAGUGUGCGCGAGUGGUGGAACGUGAACCGGCUGUACCACUCGGGCCACGAGCACGUCACUGGGAGCAUCGUUCUCGGGACCCCCGAGGUGGAGAUAGAGGCAGCGAGCAGCGGCGAGGGGCAGCCGCCCACAUCCAAGAACGAGGUCAACGCAAUUAUCAACUACCAGCUCCGUUCACGCACCCUCCCACGCCACGAUUCCGCCAUCUACGCGGUCUUCACCUCUGAUGACGUCGACAUGGCCGGCUUCGGCUCGUCCUUUUGCGCCUUCCAUGACGUCAGCACGGUGCACUUCACCUGGACGGGCCUGCCGUCCAGGUUCAUCCCCCAGUGCACGCAUGCAGCUGCCCCAGGUAACACCUACCCCCAUGGGGACAGGGCACUGGCAGGCUUGAUCUCCAACUUCGCCCAUGUGCUUGCCGCAGCUGCGGCAAACCCGAACCUGCUGUCUUGGUUCGACAAGGAGGGUCGGGAGGCCAUGGGUCUGUGUGGUGGCAGCUUCGGCACGGUGUAUACCAGUAGGGAUCCGCUGCCGGUGGAGUACAAUGCGGUGGGGAAGGGUGGAGAGCGGUUCCUCCUGCCCACGAACCUCAACCCUGUGACUGGUAGCUGCGUCAACGGUCUUUCAGUCGCGCCUGGUCAAUGCGGGCCCAAGUUUUUUGGCUUCCCAUGUGACACAGUCACUGCCACCGAGGCUGAUACCGAACCUCCUGCCAAAGCUGCUGCUGUAGGCUCGGACAGUCUGGGGAGUGGUCCAGGGUGGGGGUUGGGAGUAGUGGCAGCGAGUGAGGACGGGGGGGAGGCGGAAAAAGCAGUGGUUGGAGGGGAGGGGGAUGCAAGAUCGAUUAAAGACCCUCGAAUUGCUGAAGCAGAGGCAGCAGGACUGGAUUUAUCAGUUGGGGGGAAGAACGUGGGGAGGUUUCUGGAACCCGGACAGUUUGACCCGGCUAAAGGGGACAGGGAGGAGGAUGAGGCGAUCAAGGGGCAGGGUGGGGGACGCACGGACGAUUCGGGUGCGGGUUCGAAUGUGUUUGAGAGUACUGGGUAUGCGGAUAAGGGCGGGGAGGAGGAGAGGCGUGAGGGGGGUGAUGUGUAUGGUGGUACCAAGGGUGGCGACCCGUUCGCUGUGGAAGGGGUUGGGGAAGAGGGGGCAGGGGAAGAAGGGAUGGGGGCGGAUGAGGAGGUGGGGGGAAGCGAGGAGGUGGGAGCAGAUGCUGGUGCAGGAGUUGAGGAGAAGAGUGAGAGCAAGGGCGAGGGUGACAAUGACGAUGAUGAUGUGUUUCAGCGCACAGGGUACCCGGAUAGCCCAGGGGACGAGGAGGUGGGGGCAGACGAGGAGGUGGGGGCAAGUGCUGGGUCAGGAGCAGAGGAGAAGAGUGAGGGCAAGGGCGAUGGUGAUGGUGAUAGUGAUGAUGUGUUUCAGAGCACAGGGUACCCGGAUAGCCCAGCAGACGAGGAGGAGAGCAAGCCCAAGGCGGGAGGCAUGGGAGGUGGGAGUGUGGGGGCGGGGGGGAAGGCUCAGCUGGGGGAGGUGAAUCCGUUCGUGCACCACUCCAACCCGGAUGAGAGUUCUGCUGCUGCUGCUGGUUUGGCUACGGGAGGUACAGUUGAUGAUGGUGGGAAUGGGGAUGGUGGUAGCAGCAAGGAUAGCGGUGGUGACGAUGAGGGCAGUGGCGUGGGUGCUGAUGAUGAGGAAACCAGUGAGAGUGGUGAUGGGGACGUGUUUGAGAGGCUUGGGUACUCGGAAGAGGGUGGGGAGGGUGGGGAACAGGGUGAGGGGAGGGAGCAGGGCGAGGAAAGUGGGGAGGGAGACGAGGGCGAGGGUGGAGAGGAGGGCAAGAGUGAGGAGGAGGGUGAGGAGGAGAGUGGGGAGAGUGAUGAGAGUGAUGAGGAGGAGGGGGUGGAUGAGGGCGGAUCAGAGGAGGAUGACAGUGGAGAUCCUAUUUUUGAGUCGACUCAAAAAGAGGAGGAUGUCAUUGGAGAUGCCUCCAACGUGUUUGACAACACAGGAUACCCUGAUGACAGCGAUAGCAGCGAUUCCACUGCUGCUGGUGCUGCUACCAACGACGCACACCUGUCAGCCCUGUUCCCAGGCGGCAGCAACACACCGAUUGAUGUUUUUGAUGACCUGGGGGACGGGGGCAGUGAGGAGGUGGGAGCGGAUGGAGCAGGGGAGAGCAGUGGGGAGGCGUCAGGUGGAUCGUCAGGUGGUGGCGGUGUGUCUGGGGCAGGCGGGUUAGUGUCAGGUGGGUUUCAGGCGGGGUUAUCAGCGGGGUUUGAGUUUGAUCUGUCGCAGUUCAAGCUGGGCGAGAGGGAGAGCCCUUCUGCUCCGCACUUGUUCCCCGACGCUGCCGCUGCUGCGGCAGUGGGGACACAGGGGGAGGUGCAGCAGCAGCAGCAGCAGCAGCCACAGGAGCAGGAGAGGGAGAAGUGGGUGUUUUCAGGGGUUUAG